AGGAAUUGUUGGUCCUCAUGGCCCACACCAAACGUACGGGUCUGGAUACCCACCACCCACGGGCACUAGCUCCCAUAAAAGUAAUAUGGAGGGCCUAAGUAGUGGAGACUGGGAGCAGAGAAGAACAAAAGUGAGACACGAUGCGCAUAGACAAAGGAUCAAUGAGACAAAGGUCCAAACAAUGAAGUGGUGA